AUGUUUUCAAUAAUCCUGUUUGGUGCUUUAAUUGCAUUUACCAACUCAGCUGUAUACAAUGAGCCAUCCAAUCAGUAUUCUUCAGCAUCUGUAGCACAAGCGGCACCAGCUCCAUCUUCAUUGCCUCGAUACCUGAAUCCAGGAACUGCUCAAAAUCCGUGGCGAUUUUUGACAUCUAAUCAGUACUUGCCUUUACCAACACCAUCAUCUCCCUCUGCAUCAACUCAAACAUCGUAUGCAGCACCAUCUCCAGCGCCUGCUCCCUACUCAGCUAAAAGCUUGGCACAAGUUUCCUACGCAGCUCCAGUAUCAACACCUUGCACAUAUUCAGCGCCAGAUCAGGCCACUGACCCUAAGUCAGCAUCUUACGCCGCUUCUAGCUCUGCUCAGGCGUCCUAUGCAGCUCCGGCCCCAACUCCUGUUCUUGCAUCACACUCUACUCGUGACUCCGCUCAAACCUCUUAUAUUGCAGCUCUUUCUAGCUAUGCUCCAGCUUCUUAUACCGCACCUGAUCCUGCUCCUGCGCCCUCUCCAGCCUCUUAUGAUGCCCCAGAUCCAGCUCCCGCAACGUAUGCUACCCAGGCCUCGUAUGCUACACCAGCUCUUGCUCCUGCACCCGGUCCAGCAUCUUAUGCUGCUCCGAGCUAUACUCAAGCUUCUUAUUCCGCACCUGCACCUGCCCAUUCGCCCGCUCCUGCAUCUUACGUAAGCUCCAGCAAUGCUCCGGCCUCUUAUGCUGCACCAGCACCUGCACCGUCAUCUCAUGCGGCUUACAGCUCUGAUCCGGCCGCUUAUUCUGCACCAAAACCAGCUCUCUCGACUGAUCCAGCAUCUUACGCUGCGCCUAGCUAUGCUCAAGCUUCGUAUGCUGCACCUGCAGCUGGUUCUGCGCCCGCUCCAUCCUCUUAUGCUGCUCCGGAUCCUGCUUCUGCAUCUUACGCUGCUCCGAGCUAUACUCAAGCUUCUUAUUCCGCACCUACACCUGCCGCUGCGCCCGCUCCUGCAUCUUACGUAAGCCCCAGUAAUGCCCAGGCCUCUUAUGAUGCACCAGAACCUGCUCCAGCCUCUUAUGCUGCCUCGGAUCCUGCUCCUGCAUCUUACGCUGCUCCGAGCUAUGCUCAAGCUUCAUAUGCCGCACCUGCACCUGUCCCUGCGCCCGCUCCUGCAUCGUACGUAANUCCAGCAUCUUACGCUCUGACUAGCUAUGCUCAAGCUUCGUAUGCCGCACCUGCACCUGCGCCGUCAUCUCAUGCGGCUUCCAGCUCUGAUCCGGCCGCUUAUUCUGCACCAGAACCAGCUCCCUCGACUGAUCCAGCAUCUUACGCUCUGACUAGCUAUGCUCAAGCUUCUCAUACUGCACAUGUACCUGCCUCUGCGCCCGCUCCUGCAUCGUACGUAAGCUCGAGCAAUGGCCAGGCCUCUUAUGCUGCCUCGGAUCCUGCUCCUGCAUCUUACGCUGCUCCGAGCUAUGCUCAAGCUUCUCAUACUGCACAUGUACCUGCCUCUGCGCCCGCUCCUGCAUCGUACGUAAGCUCGAGCAAUGGCCAGGCCUCUUAUGCUGCACCAGCACCUGCUCCUGUACCUUGCUCUGCACCCGCUCCGCCAUCUCAUGCGGCUUCCAGCUCUGAUCCGGCCGCUUAUUCUGCACCAGAACCAGCUCCCUCGACUGAUCCAGCAUCUUACGCUCUGACUAGCUAUGCUCAAGCUUCGUAUGCCGCACCUGCACCUGCGCCGUCAUCUCAUGCGGCUUCCAGCUAUGAUCCGGCCGCUUAUUCUGCACCAGAACCAGCUCCUUCCACUGACCCAGCAUCUUACUCUGCGCCUAGCUAUGCUCAAGCUGCUUCUGCGCCCGCUCCAUCCUCCUAUACUGCCCCGGAUCCUGCUCCUGCAUCUUACGCUGAUCAGAGUUAUACUCAAGCUUCUUAUUCCGCACCUGCACUUGCCCCUGCACCCGCUCCUGCAUCUUACGUAAGCCCCAGUAAUGCACAGGCCUCUUAUGAUACACCAGAACCUGCUCCAGCCUCUUAUGCUGCCUCGGAUCCUGCUCCUGCAUCUUACGCUGCUCCGAGCUAUGCUCAAGCUUCUCAUACCGCACAUGUACCUGCCUCUGCGCCCGCUCCUGCAUCGUACGUAAGCUCGAGCAAUGGCCAGGCCUCUUAUGCUGCACCAGCACCUGCUCCUGUACCUUGCUCUGCACCCGCUCCGCCAUCUCAUGCGGCUUCCAGCUCUGAUCCGGCCGCUUAUUCUGCACCAGAACCAGCUCCCUCGACUGACCCAGCAUCUUACGCUGUGCCUAGCUAUGCUCAAGCUUCGUAUGCCGCACCUGCACCAGCGCCGUCAUCUCAUGCGGCUUCCAGCUCUGAUCCGGCCGCUUAUUCUGCACCAGAACCAGCUCCCUCGACUGACCCAGCAUCUUACGCUCUGCCUAGCUAUGCUCAAGCUUCGUAUGCCGCACCUGCACCUGCGCCGUCAUCUCAUGCGGCUUCCAGCUAUGAUCCGGCCGCUUAUUCUGCACCAGAACCAGCUCCUUCCACUGACCCAGCAUCUUACUCUGCGCCUAGCUAUGCUCAAGCUGCUUCUGCGCCCGCUCCAUCCUCCUAUACUGCCCCGGAUCCUGCUCCUGCAUCUUACGCUGAUCAGAGUUAUACUCAAGCUUCUUAUUCCGCACCUGCACUUGCCCCUGCACCCGCUCCUGCAUCUUACGUAAGCCCCAGUAAUGCACAGGCCUCUUAUGAUACACCAGAACCUGCUCCAGCCUCUUAUGCUGCCUCGGAUCCUGCUCCUGCAUCUUACGCUGCUCCGAGCUAUGCUCAAGCUUCUCAUACCGCACAUGUACCUGCCUCUGCGCCCGCUCCUGCAUCGUACGUAAGCUCGAGCAAUGGCCAGGCCUCUUAUGCUGCACCAGCACCUGCUCCUGUACCUUGCUCUGCACCCGCUCCGCCAUCUCAUGCGGCUUCCAGCUCUGAUCCGGCCGCUUAUUCUGCACCAGAACCAGCUCCCUCGACUGACCCAGCAUCUUACGCUGUGCCUAGCUAUGCUCAAGCUUCGUAUGCCGCACCUGCACCAGCGCCGUCAUCUCAUGCGGCUUCCAGCUCUGAUCCGGCCGCUUAUUCUGCACCAGAACCAGCUCCCUCGACUGACCCAGCAUCUUACGCUCUGCCUAGCUAUGCUCAAGCUUCGUAUGCCGCACCUGCACCUGCUCCUGCGCCCGCUCCAGCCUCUUAUGCUACCCCGGAUCCUGCUCCUGCAUCUUACGCUGCGCCUAGCUAUGCUCAAGCUUCGUAUGCCGCACCUGCACCUGCGCCCGCUCCUGCAUCUUACGUAAAGCCCAGAAAUGGUCAAGCCUCCUAUGCUGCGCCCUCCCCAGCAUCUUAUGCUGCCCCAGCACCUGCUCCUGCACCCACUCCAGCAUCUUACUCGGCUCGUCUCUCUCCUCCGGCCUCUUAUUCUGCGCCGGGGCCAUCUUCUUUGGCUGAUCCAGCAUCUUACGCUGCUCCGAGCUAUGCUCAAGCUUCUUAUACCGCACCUGCACCAGCCCCUGCGCCUGCUCCUGCAUCUUACGUAGGCUCCAGCAAUGGUCAGGCCUCUUAUGCUGCACCAGCACCUGCUCCUGUACCUUGUUCUGCACGCGCUCCAUCAUCUUAUUUGGCUUCCAGCUCUGAUCCGGCCGCUUAUUCUGCACCAGAACCAGCUCCUUCGGCUGAUCCAGAAUCUUACGCUGCUCCGAGCUAUGCUCAUGCUUCUUAUGCCGCUCCUGCAUCUGACCCAACAUCCUAUGCCGCCCCAUCUCCUUCUCCAGCUCCGGCUCCAGCUUCUGCACCUGCUCCAGCUUCUUAUGCUGCCCCGGAUCCUGCUCCUGCAUCUUACGCUGCUCCGAGCUAUGCUCAAGCUUCUUAUACCGCUCCUGAACCAGCCCCUGCGCCCGCUCCUACAUCUUACGUAAAGCCCAGAAAUGGUCAAGCCUCCUAUGCUGCGCUCUCCCCAUCAUCUUAUGCUGCCCCAGCUCCUGCUCCUCUGCCCUCUCAAGCAUCUUACGCUGACCCCAGAUAUGUUCAAGCUUCGUAUGUUGCUCCUGCACCUGCUCCUGCGCCUGCUCCAGCCUUUUAUACUUCCCCAGAUCGUUCUCCUGCAACAUAUGCUGCUCCUAGCUCUGCUCAGGCCUCUUAUGCUGCACCAUCUCCUUAUCCUGCACCCUCUCCGGCAUCCUAUGCCUCCCGUAGCUCUACUCAGACGUCGCAUGCAUCACGUGUUCCUGAACCCGCUCCAGCUUCCUAUAUAACCAUAAAAUUUGGUCAAGCUUCUCAUGCGGCACCUGCUCCUGCGCCUGCUCCAGCAUCUUACACAGCACCUAGUUCUGCGCAAAACGCUUAUGCUGGCCCACCUCCUCCUUCAGCAUCGUACGUUGGCUCAAACUCAGUUCAAUCAUCUUACAAAGCGCGGGCGGCUGCUCCUAACUCUUCUCCUAAUUCAAGUGAUGUUAUCUUUUAUCUAUAG